CAAGUGAAUGAACUUAGUCGGGUCGAAAGCCCUCCCGCGCUGACAAAGGCUUCAGAUGUGUGCCGAUGGGAAUGUGAAGAGGCUAGUCCGAUGUACACGUAUGUGGUAUAGAUCUCAAGGCGGCUGCGCCACUUCGGAAGAAAAACGAGAGCACAGGUCGGGAGGUGGAGGGAUCAGCUACACACUGCUGUGAAAGCGGCCCUUGUUGAUUAAAACAUAAAAGAAGACGAUCAAAGCUGCCGAUACGCAGAUUCAAGCGCAUGCGGCCGAUUGCUAAUCAGCCAUGCCUGCAGUCUGACCUUCCACCUCUGCUGUCAGCACCACAGCUUGUGGCUAAAGCUGUUAAUCAGACGUUUCACAUUACUACAGUCGCGUUAAUCGGAGGAGGCAUCUCGUGAGGACGAGUUGAGUGCCCUGUACUCUCGAGGUCUCCCCUUACGCAAGUGAUACCUUAGGCAAGGUGUGCGCAGUCUAUUUUCAAACACUAUCUUCGCCCCAUAGCUGCUGCCACGGUAUCUGUUAAGAGCCGAGGGUUUCACGACUCACAGACUUGGUGACAUAAUGCCAGCCGAAAAGUCUUGCGACACGGAACAAACAGUGGUUCCCUUAUCGGAAAUCAUUGCGAAAUGUAUGGAAAACGAAAAGCCUCCAAGAUCCGAGGGUGAAGGGCCCAGCCCUGCCGACAUGGAGACAAUAUGGCUUCAGCGCUCUACCGCCGACGUACCCUGGGGAUUUCGUCUGCAGGGUGGCCGCGACUACGGGGUACCACUGUCUGUGCAGAGGGUAACGCCGGGGAGCGUGGCGGCGGCGGGCCUGGCCACAGGUGACGUCAUACUGAAGAUUGGAACCGUCGCCGCCAGUAACCUGAGCCACAUGGAGGGCCAAGAGCUCAUCAAGCGAGCUGGUAACAUACUACAGCUGACCAUCAGAAAAGGAGACACGCUGCCCCAGAGCCCUGUGUCACCACCCACGUCAUACGGCAGUCAGGUGACCGCACAGCUGCACGACAACUACUCGCCCAACGUGCGCGUGCAAUACGUGCAGCAGAACCACGCGCCCGCCACGCACACCACACUGCCGGACGGCUCUACGCGCAUCCAGAUCCAGCGCUCAGCCCCGGAGCCGCCCUUACCACCAACACCACGCGGCUACGGCGGCGACAGUGGGAUGCCAGACUACACCAUCCCGUACCAGGCCUCGUCCGGCGUCCCAAGUGGCGGAGGAGGCGGAGGACCGUACGCGGGUGGCGACCUGUAUGCGCAAAACUCGUACAAUGUCGGAAGCUCCAUGUCACUGCCGCGCGGCGUCGGCUACAGCGGUGACCGUGGUGGUCAGCAAACUCAGGAGCCGCGCAGCGUCAAAAUCAGCUUCACUAGUCACCCCCAACGUCAGCCACCUACCCAGCCGCAGACCCAAUCACAGCAGAUUAAGUUCAAUCCCACGCAGGCCUACGAGAGUCGCAUCGGGUCCCGUUACGCUGACCCGCUGGAAGAGACAGACUGGUUUCCUUCCUCCUCAGCAAGCGUGCCCUUCAGUCCGACCAGCGGCGGUCUGCGGACCCAGCAGCCAAGUAGCGUGCCUUCUUACACGACUGUGAAUGUCUCCAGCCCCUACAGCGCCGAGCCCGUCAGGCCCACAGUGAACUCGUACUCAUCAAGCCCUUACUCGCAGUCCAGCGGACCACAGCAAAGUCCCAUGUCGCCAACAGGAGCCUACCGCCCGCAACCAUCUUUCCAGAGUGAUUACAGUCAGCAACAGCCGACGUCUUACAGCCAAGGCCUGACUUCACCACAGGUUAACACCUACCAGCCACUCUCUCAGCCGCAGCGACCAGCCGCUUACCAGGCAAGCCAAAAUACAUCAGAACCUUACUUUGUCCCCAUGACGGCACCGCGACCAGAGGCACCUCCAUCCUACUCUCAGACCUUCCCGCGUCGUCAGACCAGCUACGAGAGGAGUCAGAGUGGGUACGACCGUAACCAGAGUGCGGACGACUACAUGCCCAGCACUAUGCGCAGUCAGGAAGGGGUGUCGGACUUUGGGUACGAGCCUGCCGCAAGCGGGCCUGAGCCUUACCGGAUAGUCCCAGGUCCUAGCAGCGCUUUCGGCAUGGCGUCCGAACCCACGCCUGCUAGGUAUGAGCCUCAGCCGGGCGAUGGGGUGUACGAGGCGAGACCCGUAUUCACGAGGACGUCCAGCAGGCAGGACUCUGUCACCUCCUCCUCACCUGGCGUGCGACAGGCGCAGCCAGACUUCACCAGCGUGUCUCGUCCCACUUUCUCCCCACAAGCGUCACGUGACUACCCCUCAUACGACGCGGCCUAUUCCUCUGCAGAGCCUGCGGACAACAGAGGGUGGGGUAGCGUACCUCCUGCCUACGCGACUCCUCCAGCCGCCAGUGCCGUGUCUGCUGCCCCCGUGUGGAGUCCUUCGCGACCUCCUGCCAAGGAGCAACCACGUGCGACUGCUGGCGUGAGUGAGGAGUUCUCUCGCCUGGGUCUGUCGCCCGUGUCUGAGCAGCCUCCUCCGGUACCUCCCCCGCCCGUAGCCUGCCCCCCGCCGCCACCUCCUCCACCACCACCGCCUCCACCACCACCUCCACCUCCACCACCGCCUCCUACGUCGGACUGGGGGACUUACAGUCGUCAGCAGGGGACAAGUGUUGACGGCCAGCGAGUCCCGGAUGAAUUGUUGUCCAGUGUACUGAAGUCUAAAGGAGGAGGACCCAAGCCUUUCUCGUACGGCGUCGACCUCCAGGAACUGAAGAAAAAAAUUGGGCCACCAACAGCUCCUAAAACAUUUAAGAAGCCAGGAGGGAUGUCUUCCCCAGAACCAUCUACUCCUCCAGGGAGCGGGUAUGAAGGACGGCCUGGAGUGGGGCACAUUCAGAAGGAUUAUCGCCGCCAAGUAGACCAGGGACCGCGCUCAGAGAUCGACGAGUCGCCCAUCAACCUCAACAUGGGCACCAACCCCAAGAAACAGUCCAUGUCUUUCAAGGUGCUGCAGUGGAUGACCGACACAGAGAACGCGGGAGAAGAUCCAGGCAAGAAGGGCGGAGCGCCUGCCAAAACCGAGCCUCCCGCCCCUGUGAGAACACGGCGACCACGUGACCCUACAGUCCACAAUGCCGACGAUGAUGAGAUGCGGUUUAGCGGCCUUCACCCCAAAAGUGGUAUCCCCUCCAAGUCCUUCCAGCGGCUACAGAAGCUCCCACAGGAAGGUUCCCAGAACCACACAACAGCAGAGGGGGAGGAGGAAGAGGAGGAGCGAGUAGGUAACUAUGACGAGACGUCUAUACGGUACAAGGGCAAGCACAUACCCUCCCCGUCUUUCCGGGUGCUCCAGACGUGGGCACAGCACGACCCGUUGGAAACACAAGGUGGGGUCCGUGAGGAAGAGGAGGAUGACGGACUGCCGGACACCUUGAACCCGGACGAAGUGGUGGACAAGCGCUACAAGGGCGGGCACAUUCCCUCCAAGGUCUUCCGCACCUUACAGAGGGCAGUUGGAGAUGAUACUCCAGAAGUGCCAUCCCAUGAGCAACAGAACGGUGAAGCUGGUCCUUCGCGAACAGCAAGAGCAGCCCCUCCCCCUGCCCCUGCUGCGGCAACAGACUUCUAGUCAGCCAGCCGUGUCUGCUACGUCACAGCGCCUGCGUCACUUCGGACCAACGGAGGCUAGGACGUGCUAGGUCUCGAUAAAAGACUGAGGACUCCUUGUCUGCUCUCAUUUUCAGCCUUUGGGGAUAAUAUCUCAAAAUCUGCACCAGUAUCAUAAUUUUAACAUAGAAACAGUGGUAUGAUCUAGAUUUUCGCUUUCCUUGGUGCAGAUAAGCGCGACAGUGCACCGUAAGCCCAGCGGAAUGUGCAAUGCCUAGGACACUGGCGCAGCUGUAGUCACUUAGUAUGUGUUCUCAUGUUCGAAUUCACUUGGGAUGUUGUGAUAUUUAAUAUUAUCACGGUUUCGUCAAAAGAAUAUUACUAUGCUGGCCCAUCCUUUCAGCUCCAUACCAAAAAUAGUGUUAUUAUAUGUUAUGUUCGAGUUCUUACCGAGAUGGAAAGCGUGAGCGAAGCAAAGGUAGCCAGUUAUUCUUGACUUUCUGAACUUUCGUGUUCGAGUGAUGUAACUUAUGUUAUAGUAGGAUAAGGCACAUUGUGUUCAACUAUUUUAUCGUCUUCAGCAAACGUGACGUAUAAGCUUUUUGCAUUAUCUGCUCAUCUGGUUUGUCUCACCAAUUGUGCCUUAUAGUCAGCAAAACCUUACGCGGUGAUUCGACAGUUUGAUGGAAGUGUACACUGAAAAGGGGCUUUGAAUUUUUUUGUUUUUUAACAAGAUGCAUAUUUAGUAUACAGAUAAACACAUUAUUUAUUUUUGAAACGCAGAGCUCAGUUUGAGACAAAUAUCUUGUUCCGAGUGCCUUGUAUCGAAAGUUUUCGCAUGUUUAUUUUUUGUGAAUAUGAGAUGUUUGCAAGGAAUUUUUUUCAGACCAUCUUUCCGUUGUGAAACAAUAUUUUUGGUUUUCUGCAGGAGUUAAAAGUUGAGCCUGGUUGGCUAACCGACCUCAGAAAAUCUAAAUCCUAGAAACAAUGAUGCAAGACUUGGAUGGUAUUCAUUUUAUUACUGGCAGGGUUACUCUCUUAGGAACGCCUUAAGAGAAACUCUGAGCUAGGACGUGUAUGAGCAGGACAGUGCAGAAAUUUGAGAAGGUUGAUUCAGAUGGUGGAAAAUAUCGAAGUGUUUUAUGCACAGAAUAGAAUCAUUUCAAAUAUAUUUAGUAGAAAACCUUUUAAGUAUAUAAGCAAAUCUCAAAAAGAGAAUCAAGUCUUAUAAACUAUCGAUCGAAACCACAUUAGACGUUUGUUAGCUAAAUGAUGAAAGUUAUUUUGAGAAUAUCGUUAAAAUCUAUUUAUGAAAAUGUAAGAAGCUCCAGAAUAAUGUAUGUAAAUGUGUUGUUGGCGAGGGAAUCAGUUUUACCAAGAUAGUGUUGUUAGGUCUUAUUCAUGUCUGCUCACGUAAAGCACGCUCACGCGCCUGCCAACAUUUUUCUCAUUGGCUCGCUUUAUAGCAGUCACGUCUGCUAAGCUGUCAGUUGUUCUUUCGUGCCGAAUUGAACUAAAGAGAAAUACGCUUUCCUCAGUCCUUUCGGCUCAGAACUCUAAAGCUAGUAAGACAUGUUUUGAAAGAGUCGUAGCUAACAUGGACAUUAGCUAAAUGAGCAUACUACAUGUCUUUAGUGUCGGAGAUGCUCUCACCAUCACAAAACACAUGUAACUGUGAUCAAUCGUGAUUCGCCUGAACCUUUGCCUUAACAUGCGUAUAAUAACAAAAAAAGUUGGAGACAUUGUCUACCAAGGAUCUUACUGCUAGCUGAUGUGAAGUAGUCCAAACUCAUCCCUGUGUGUCCAUCCUCCUAACCCCAGCGUUUACGCCACGCGCCUCCGUUCCUAGCCCAUCGAGAGAGUUUGUGAAGAUGUAAUCUUCUCUUUCUUUGUGUUUCGAUGUACAGACUAUUUUUGGCCCGGUUUUAUUUUGAGCUGUAUUUAUCCUUUUUAUCGUCUGUUAUAUAUCGCCUUUCUUUGGUGCAGCGCGACCUUGCGUCCCGGCGAUGGUCUCCAUUUGACCUGAAACAAUAGCCACAUGUCGUGAGAUCCUUCACUGUCGGCAACGGUUUUUAGAGGGGCUGGCAAGAAACUAGUAUCCAACAGCACAACACGUGCUCGCAAAUAACAGCUGUCUGUGCGACCAGUGGGCGAGACUCCACGUGUCAUCUCGUGGCUCUGACAACAGUGGGAAAAGCAGGCAACAGUAUAGUGAUAAAAGCAUGAUCCACUCCAGCAUUUACCUAAACAUUUCUUCUUCUGUUAUUAAAUAGAGUCCAAUGUUGCAAUUAGGUUUACCUUUUAUAGUAGUCAUACAAGAGACUCGCUGAUCCAGAGGAGAAUGAAGUAACGGAUGAUUUAUUUUUUUUGUAUGAUGCAGUUGCUGUUGUAAGCGUCCGUUUCAGACUUAAAAGACUUGCUGAGAGUUUCAGCUAGUUAACACUUUUUUUUUACGGCUGCCGGUCUCCUAGCAAGGAUGCUUGCUAAUCAGCUCUCGCUUAUCUAUCACUCAUCACUACAGCCGAUGUUAGCAAGGAGGCUAGAGGAUGACGAGGCCAAAAUUCUCAUCCCAUCAACUGUAAGCAGAGAAGCAGCCGUACACGGACAGGCAUCCCAAGAUUAAUACAGUAUCAGCAAGUUGACUAAGCGCUUUAAAGAGAUGACAGUUUCACGACUGUGUUGUCGGUAUCCGCGAACGGAGAAGUAACAGCUCCUCCUAGUAGUUCUUUAUCGUGGAUAAUGUCGUUAAUGUGUGAUUUAAUUUGUAUCAUUUGAAAAGAAAACUAACCAAAGACGCGAUACACUGUUGAGAUGAUCGCCUGCUGACAGAGAGUCUCUUGUCUGUACUGGAUACUUUCUAAAAAGCUAGACAUACAUAGGUUCUCAACAACAAAAAACCCACAAAUGUUUAGUUGUUUAGCACAAAGCAAGAUUUUUACGCUUGAAGAUCUUCGUUUUUACGAGGUUAUUUCAUCGGGCGCUACGACUGCUCCAUGUACUUAAACUUGACCUCGUACUCAAAUGUCGGUAGACUUCUCUCUCUCUCAUUCAUUUAUUCUUGCUCCCAUCGUUUGAGAAGAAAACUUAUCCCCACGCGAAACGCAACCCAAUAAAAGUCUAUUGUUUCCCUGUUGUUUUCACAUGCUGCAAUUUUAUUUAACACUCCAAAACAUUCGAUUUGAAUAAGACUGAAGUCGUUAAGAACAGAACACCUGACGGGUGUGAAAUAUGUAUCGAUAUUACCAGGAGUUUGGCAAAUUAUUAAAUUUUUAUGUUGAGUUUGCGUAGCAGUUAGGUAUUGCAGUAUUUACUGACGCUUGACUUACAUUAACCUCCACAAAGCCACGAGCCGCCAUAUUCUCAUUCUUUUCAUUUUGACAGAGCUGUCUCUUUGUUUUAAACAUUGAUUGCAAAUUGGAAUGUAAAUGAUUCGGACUUAUCAUCUUUUUCUGUCAACAGUCGCAAUAGCUAGCUACUGACACUCGACCCGCCCGCUGACAAAAUCACAGGACUGUUAGUUUCGUCUCUGCGUGGAGUUUCUGCUUUUAUAUAUGUUUGUGCUGAUUGCAAUAAAAUAUGUAACAACGA